AUCAAAUAUUUAACCCUCUUAAGAAUUCAGCCUUAAAAUGGCGGACGUGCCUUGUCACGUGAGAACAUGUGGAGGGUAGUGCCAAAGAGAAGCUUCAUUCUCUCUCCCUCAGUCGUUAGAUUAUUGAGUGAUGCUCCAAUUGCUCUUCAAUGUGAAAAAGGAGGAGGAGUAGGAGGAGAGAUAGGGACAGAUAAUAUUAGGAAUUUUGGUAUAGUAGCACAUGUUGAUCAUGGAAAGAGCACAUUAGCAGAUCGUCUAUUGGAGCUGACCGGCACUGUUAGAGCUAGUCCUGAUAACAAGCAGCUCCUGGACCGGCUCCCUGUUGAAAGAGAGCGUGGUAUCACAGUCAAAGCACAGACUGCUACUAUGCUGUAUUCUAAUCACAUGCUCAACCUCAUUGAUACUCCAGGACAUGUUGAUUUCAGCUACGAAGUAUCACGGUCUCUCUCGGCCUGUGAUGGAGUUAUCCUUCUUGUUGAUGCAAGACAGGGCGUGAAAGCACAGACUGUCGCUAAUUAUUUAUUAGCAGCUGAUGCCGGACUGACUGUUAUACCAGCUGUUAAUAAGAUUGAUCUUCAUAAUGCUGAUGUACCUGAGACCAUCAGUCAAAUGUGUGUCGGGUUUGGAUUUGAAGAAGAUGAAAUUCACAAGAUAUCGGCUAAACUUGGCACUGGAGUCCCUGAUCUUCUAAACACUGUCAUUAGUAAUAUACCACCUCCAGCAGGCCGACCCGAUAGUCCUCUAAGACUCCUCCUUUUUGACAGCUGGUACGAUAAAUACAGGGGCGUGGUUUGUGUAGUGACUGUGCGAGAUGGGAAGGUUAGUCGUGGUGAUCUGGUGACUUCUAUUCAUAGCAGUAAGAAAUAUGAAGUGGCUGACCUUGGCUUGCUUAGACCUCAGCAAGUGCCUCAAAAUAGUUUAUCAACGGGUCAGGUGGGUUACGUGAUACUAGGAAUGAAAGAUAGCAGGGAGGCAUUAAUUGGAGAUACAAUAUGUCACACAAAAUGUUAUUCAAAGGUCGAACCAUUACCGGGACUUAAACCAGCUAAACCAAUGGUUUUUGCUGGUGUAUAUCCAAUGGAUCAAUCAGAAUACACUGGGCUUCGUGCCUCAAUAGAGAGACUCAUAUUGAAUGACAGCAGUGUCUCCAGUCAGCGUGAUACCAGUGUGGCCCUGGGGCAGGGAUGGAGGCUGGGGUUUCUGGGACUCCUCCAUAUGGACGUCUUUAUACAGAGAUUGGAGGAGGAAUUUAAUGCAUCAGUUUUAUUAACAACACCUAGCGUCCCUUAUCAAGCAUUAAUGAGAGAUGGUAGUAUCCUACAAAUAUUAAAUCCAUCACAUUUUCCUGACAAGAACAAAGUUACUGAGUUCAGAGAGCCAAUAGUAAAAGGGACACUGAUAUUCCCUGAUCAAUACUUAGGGAAACUACUGGCACUCUGUGAAGAGAGGAGAGGUGACCAGCAGCAGUUAGUGUAUCUGACCUCAUCUCGUGUGAUGCUCAAGUAUAUUCUCCCAUUGAGUGAAGUUGUGUUUGAUUUCUUUGAUCAAGUUAAGAGCAUCUCAUCUGGAUAUGCUAGUUUUGAUUAUGAAGAUGCUGGCUACCAGAAAACUAAACUAGUCAAAUUGGAUAUUUUACUAAACGGACAACAAGUUGAUGCCCUUUCAUGUGUGGUACAUGCUGACUCAGCUUAUUCCAUCGGCAGGUCAAUAUGCUCCAAGUUAAAGGACACAAUACGGAGGCAAUUGUUUGAAGUUGCUGUGCAAGCUGCUGUAGGCGGGCGUGUCAUUGCUAGAGAGAGUGUGAAAGCUUUAAGGAAAGACGUUACUGCAAAAUGCUAUGGGGGAGACAUCACAAGGAAAAUGAAGUUACUUCGGCAGCAAAGAGAAGGAAAGAAAAGACUGAAGAGAAUAGGCAAUGUGGAGUUGGACCGAGAUGCAUUUUUAUCAGUAUUGAAAAAGGAUAAAAAAUAAUGUUAAUUUGUAUUAGAAACUAAGCAGUGGCAUAUUAUUAUUAUUAUUACUAUUAUUUUCAUUAUUGGUUGCAAUCUAUAGGUGUUUUCAUUUUAAUAUAAUUCUUUUGAUAAAUGGAA